CAUAGAGCAGCUGAAUAAUCUGCUCAGACACGCAAACCUGCGUCUCGAUCGUCACGUUGAUGUAAAAUUCCUCGAGUUCGGCAUUGCGUGGAAACCCCUGGGUUCCAAUGGAAGCGUCCUAAUCUUUUAUAUGUGUAUAGUGGUUACUGCAACUUUUUUUUUACUGCGCUAGUUUUUGCUGAACUGCAAAGCAUAAGUGCAAGUUCAAAGUCGGUCAUGGCAGUGGCUACUGUGCGCGAGUGCUAAGCCUGUCAGAACAGUUGUUUACUGAUGUCGGUGGCUGGGAACUUCGCUAGAACGGUCGCCUAGAGCUUUCUCCGUGGAUGCGUGCGCUCGUCUGAGUUCUUGCCGUGUCCUGAACGCACAAUGAGCUUGAAGCCCGGCAAGAAGGAUACCAAAAUGCGUAUCCGAGCAUUUCCUAUGUCUAUGGAUGAGAGGUAUGUCCAGAACAUCUGGGGUCUCCUGCGAAACGCUAUCCAGGAGAUACAGAAAAAGAACAACAGUGGGUUGAGCUUUGAGGAGCUGUAUCGCAAUGCAUACACCAUGGUGUUGCACAAACACGGAGAGCGUCUCUACACAGGACUGAGGGAGGUGGUUACGGAGCAUCUAGUGAACAAGGUUCGGGCAGAUGUCUUAGCCUCCCUGCACAACAACUUCCUCCAAACACUAAAUCAAGCCUGGAAUGAUCACCAAACAAGUAUGGUCAUGAUCAGGGACAUUCUCAUGUACAUGGAUCGCGUGUAUGUACAGCAGAACAAUGUGGACAACGUGUACAACCUAGGCCUGAUCAUCUUCCGGGACCAGGUGGUGCGGUAUGGCAACAUCCGGGACCACCUCCGGGACACACUCCUUGGCAUGGUCCAGCAGGAACGCAAAGGAGAAGUAGUUGAUAGGCUAGCCAUCAAGAACGCAUGCCAAAUGCUUGUACACUUGGGGAUUGAUUCAAGGUCAGUUUAUGAGGAAGACUUCGAGCGGCCCUUCCUGGCCCAAUCGGCAGAAUUCUAUAUGGCGGAGAGCCAAAAGUUUCUGACGGAGAACAGUGCAUGCGUGUACAUCAAGAAAGUGGAGCAGCGUAUCAACGAAGAGGCGGAACGCGCAAAGCACUACCUGGACGAGUUCACCGAGGAGCUUAUUGUGCAGGUGGUUGAAAAGGAGCUGAUCACCAACCACAUGAAGACAAUUGUUGAGAUGGAGAACUCUGGUGUUGUGCAUAUGCUCAAGAAUCAGAAGACAGAGGACCUGGCACGGAUGUUCCGCUUGUUCAAUCGGGUCCAGGACGGCCUCAAGACAGUGGUGGACUGUGUGAGUCAGUAUCUGCGUGAGCAGGGCAAGUCAUUGGUCACUGAAGAGGACGGUGGUAAGGGGGACGCCCUGAGUUUUGUGCAGAACCUUCUGGACCUGAAGGACCGCUUUGACCACUUCCUGCACCACUCUUUCAACGGCGAACGCCAGUUCAAGCAGAUGAUUGCCAGCGACUUUGAGUAUUUCCUCAACCUGAACCGCAAGUCGCCCGAGUACCUCUCCUUGUUUGUGGACGACAAGCUCAAAAAGGGGUUGAAGGGCAUGACCGAGCAGGAGAUAGAGCAGGUGCUGGACAAAACCAUGGUGCUGUUUCGCUACCUGCAGGAGAAGGACCUGUUUGAGCGAUACUACAAGCAGCACCUGGCCAAGCGAUUACUGCUGAACAAGAGCGUUUCCGACGACUCUGAGAAAAACAUGAUCUCCAAGCUCAAGACUGAAUGCGGUUGCCAGUUUACCUCUAAAUUGGAAGGCAUGUUCAAGGACAUGUCAGUAUCGAAUACAAUGAUGGAUGAAUUCAAAGCUGCUGUGGCCUCUUCAAAUAUGAACUUGUAUGGAGUGGACCUGAAUGUGCGCGUGCUCACCACAGGGUUUUGGCCCACCCCUGCUUCUACACCUAAGAGCAACAUUCCCACAGCCCCUCGCAAUGCUUUUGAGGCUUUUCGCAGGUUCUACUUGGCCAAGCACAGUGGCCGGCAGCUGACUCUGCAGCCACAGCUAGGCUGGGCGGAUCUGAAUGCAGUGUUCUACGGGCCACGCAAAGAGGAGAAUGAAGCAUCGUCAUCUUCGCUGGGGAGCCUGGCUGCUGGUGCGCCGCGCAAGCAUGUCAUCCAGGUGUCUACGUAUCAGAUGUGUGUUCUGAUGCUCUUCAACAGCCGUGACCGUCUACUCUACGAAGAGAUUGCCUCUGAGACAGACAUCCCUGAAAAGGAUCUGGUGCGUGCACUUCAGUCGUUGGCCAUGGGAAAGCCCACGCAGCGCAUCCUCAUCAAAAGCCCGAAGACAAAGGAAAUUGAGCCAAGUCACACGUUUACUGUCAAUGACUCCUUCACUUCCAAAUUGUACAGAGUCAAGAUUCAAGCAGUUGCAGCAAAGGGGGAGAGCGAGCCUGAGAGGAACGAAACAAGAAGCAAGGUGGACGAAGACCGAAAGCAUGAGAUUGAGGCUGCCAUUGUAAGGAUAAUGAAGGCACGGAAGAAGCUGUCACACAAUGUCCUCGUCACUGAGGUGACUAGCCAGCUGCGGUCCAGGUUUUAUCCCAGUCCUGUAGUCAUCAAGAAGAGAAUUGAAGGCCUUAUUGAGAGGGAAUACCUAGCCAGGACUGCUGAAGACAGGAAGGUGUACACCUACGUGGCGUAAAAUCUGGAGUGCUGGAGUUUGUGGAAAGAUGGCACCGGUGCCUGUGGCUGUAGAUGUGCGGUUAUUUAUUGGAGUAGAGCAAAUGGGCCGAGUCGCGGCAAAACUGCUGGCACAAGUGCAGCUGGAAGGAAGACUGGUUCUGGCAGCCCUCACUCUCUCGUCUUUGGUCACUGCUGCCGAGGAAAGAAAAAAAAAAAAAAAGUCCUCCUUUCUUUCUUUGCAUUUCAUUCCAUGAUAAGAGGAGGAGGAUGCCUUCAACAGUUUUUCGCUUUUCAAUAUCUUAGUUUUAUAGAGGGGUUCACAUGGUUUUUUUUCCCUAGCUUUCUCUGGGCGCACACGGGAGGCUAGUUUCUUUUUCUUUUUCCUUGAAUGGGAAGGUGUACUGACAACAAAAUUUGCCUGCUUCGAGUGAUGUCCACAUCCAUUUCUGCUCACUCCGACGACGGCCACAUCUGUAGAGGCACUCUUAAAGUAAAGUUAAAUGUGGGGCACUAAUUUGUACAGCCUGUGCAUAAUUAGACACAUAAUUUUGUCUGUUUGCGUGCGUGUCUGCGUGCAUGGAUAAUUGCGUCCCUUUCUAUUUGUGCUGUGUUCCAUUAGCAUGUAAGGUGCCUCCCUUUAUAUUAGCUAAUACAAGCUAUUUAUUCUGUUUUUGUGCAGCAGUUAGGCGAUGCUGUUUCCAUGAGAAGGAUGCAAGGUUUUUUGUUUUCUCCUUUGUUUUUCUUUUUAAUUGUAAGAACUGUGUCCACUUUCAAGCAGUGCGUAGCAUGUUGUGCUUUUUACGGUGAGAUGAUGAUCAUGAUGUGUCACUACUGUGAGAUGAAAGCUGUGACCUCGAUGUGAAGUUCUAUGAUGCAAAUGUCCCUGCCACAUUGCCUAGAAAGUUAUAGGUACAGUUGCUAGUUGAGGGAAUAAAUGGGUUUGGGUGAAAGGCCUAGGCACCAAAGAAGCAUUGCCAUACGAGUUUGCAUUGCCAGCGCCAUGAAAGUGUGUGCGUGUGAUUGACUGAGGGUCAAUGCCUUCUUAUUUGGACAGUCUGUCACAACAGUGUACAUUUCCUUUUUUUUUUUUUCCUUUCUGCUGUACACUACUGUAUGUACAGGAGAAACCUAGUUUGCAUCACUGGGUUUCUCUAAUGAUUUUGCAGGCACGUUUUUCGGAUUGCGUGCUGCCACAAGAGUGUAUCGCCCCAAGAGCCUUUCAUUGGCCUUCCAGUGGGGGAAAUAGGGUGCAGUUUUUUUAAUGCCUUCAUUUAUUGUUGUACAUAGCAUUAUUUGAUGUACAUAAAUUGCCUCAGUAAAGGAUUUUUCUUCCUUC